AUGAAAUAUGGCCCUGAGGUCUCGGAGUUUUCGGAACUUUGGCACGUCCUUCGUGUUGUCUCCGUUCCUGGAACUUUUUUUACAAAGGUUCGAUCUCUCAUGGGCCGUUUUCUUCAGCACCGCACCUUCCCACCUGUUAAACUUGACACCUUAUGUCUCCCAACGAAACUUGGCGGAUUAGGGGUUUUGAACCCAAAGUUACAGCAAGGUGCUCUUCAGCUUCGUUGGCUUCGACCUCUGUUCCGCUCCCCUUCCUCUCCUUCGGGUCUGGUAUUGCCUUGGUUGAUACACCUUCUUCGACAUCACCUGCCUGAUGUUCACCCUCUCCUCCCUUUUGUCUUCCCUGACCUCCGACACAGUCGCCUUCGCUCGUAUACCAGUCCUUUCUUUAACCUCUUUGCCGCGUGCGAUCUCCUACCUCAUGACUUUGAUUCUACUGUGGUAAAUCUGGAAACUUGUCUGGAUAUUCCUUUGGCUUCUGCCACUAUUGUCCCACACGGCCUCCCUGUUUUUCCUUCUUCUUGGCGUCACCUCCGGAUCAGAGAUGCCUAUGAGAUUGACCCAAACUUGGAAGUUCUUUCUCGGCGUUUCUCGUCUUCCUUCCCUCGGUCUCCAAGAAUCCUUCGCAAUUUUUUCCUUCGUCUAGAUGACCACUCCCUCUUUCUUCAUACUUUUGUAAUUCGUGCUUGCCUUCCCCAGAGUAUCUUGACGGCUCAAUUCCCGGACAUGAUGAUUCGGAGUGGCUCUGAAGUUGACCCCUCUCCACUUUUGUCUACUCUAUCUCCUAACUUUCCUUGGAAUCGUCUGUCCACACGCCGAUAUCGCUCCUCUUGUCAAGUUGCCAUUUUCUCUACCGAGGAUAUGCAACAGGAUAUACGUGCCAUCGAAUGGCGUCAGUUCUGGUCUUUUGUCCUUCCUUAUGCCUCUCGCAACAUCUGGUUUCGGUUGCUUCAUCGCAAGAUUUCUUGUAGAUCAGCCUUACAUCAUCGUGUCCCUACCGCGUUUCCAUCUGCCACUUGCUCUCUCUGCGGUACAACUGAUGAGUCUCAGGACCAUUUUCUCUUUACCUGCCCACUCAAGCUCCCCCUCUGGGAAACCUUUUGGCACACUCAUUUUGGUUUUUCCCCUCAGACCUCUGACAUUCACAAUGCACUAUACAAGUUUACCUUCCCACCUCCUCUUGACCCCACCCUAGAACCUGCUUCCAUCUUUGGAUCUGCUCUCUUGGCCGUAUGGCGCCACCAUUGGGCCUUUGUCUUUGACCAAGCACCUUUUAUUGCUACCGACGCUAUAACCACAGCCAACUCCUUGCUCUCUCGCUUGCACGCUGAAGAAAACCUUGACCAAAGCCCGUAUCCUAUCUAG